CGGAGUAGAAGCAGCUGCGCCCCGCCUUUUGACCCACCCGUUUACUCUUUAUGGAAUCACCGUUAAAAAUAUUGUUGUUUUAGGUUAACGGCUCGUUUGUGAAGUAAUUCCUCGCCUCGUCGUCAGCUGUACAGCUGUUCAAGAGUGGUGCUGCAGCCGGAAAGUGUCUUCUAACUUCAGAUUUUAUGGUGGGCGCUUUGCUGUGAUUGAGACAGAUUUAUAAACGGGCAGAAGGCUACGUUAGCAUCGGAAUACAUUUGUUAGCCUGUCAGCUGGUUAGCAUAGACUAACAUUAUGGCGUUAGGUUAGACAGGAAAGUGGCUGUUCCGCCGAACCGUCGGCCACAAUUGCUAAUUUUGAUAAGACAGGGUAUAAAGAGAUAACGCAUAUGUACGUCACCCCAAAAGUCCCAGUUUAAGCGUUUACACAGCUGUCUAACGACUUAGUUGGACUAGCUGAUGAGCUAAACUGGCGUUAGCAUGGCGUCAGAUACAAGUGACAACGAAGAAUUCUACGAUGCUCCAGAGGACGUCACCUUGUCUCCGAAAGAGACACCUGCAAAGCUUGUCAUUCCGUCAACUCAGGAGACAUCAGAGGGCUUGGUGACCUGUGGCUCAACGGAAACUCAGCAGGAUGAUUCUCUGCAGAUCAUUGAUAGCAUCAUCGAGGAGAGUCAAAAAGAAUGCGCAAUAGAUGUCUGCGAGGUGGUCGAGUUGUUGGAUCAACUGCAGGUUGAUGUGAAACCCGAGCCAAAAGGAGAGUUGGAAGCUGGGGAUGUUUCCCUGGAGUCAACCGUCCUGGUUGUCGCACCUGAACUUGUCAAGGGGUCGGAGGAGCGACAGGAAAGCGUUACGACGAAUGGAGAAUUCUCUUUAGCCACUGCCGAACUCCCAACUCUGCCUGGACCUUCAGCCGAGUCACAAGAGCGAGUGCAGCCUCCGGACCUCACCAGCACCAUCACUCACAGUCAGGCGGACGCUGGCACCGCUCUGGUGGCAGAAGUGGAGAAGGAGCAGAGAUCCGCAGACAUCUUGGACCAAGUUCCCUUAACAGACAGGCCGGUUCCAACAGACUCACCAGGGCCCUUGAAACCCCCCCGACAAUUCACAGUAGAACCCGAUAUUGUAGCCAGCACAAAGAAGCCUCCUCCCACGCGGCCACCACCUCCUGGUGGUGGUCCACCGCCCAGACCUCCACCACCGUCUUGCCGCAGCUUACCCUCCAGGAUGUCUCAGGAAUGUGUGAGGCCAAGUGGUUUGGAAGUGAGUUCGGUUACCGGUGAUUCUCUGGAGCCGUCUGGCCUGAUGUCUCCCUCCAGCACAGUGAGGUGUCUAACUAAAGACCUGCAACAUUCCCUGGAUCUGGCCAGCGCCACGAGUGGAGACAAGGUGGUGACUGCGCAGGAAAAUGAGGAUGAACCAGCCUUAUCCCAGAGUGGAGAACAAACCCCCGGCCCUCAGCGUCCUCGUUCUAACUCUGGCAGAGAACUGACAGACGAAGAAAUACUGGCCAGUGUCAUGAUCAAGAACUUGGACACUGGAGAGGAGAUUCCCUUGAUUCAAGCUGAGGAGAAACUUCCUACAGGGAUUAACCCUCUCACUCUGCACAUCAUGAGGAGGACCAAGGAGUACAUAACUAACGAUGCGGCACAGUCGGAUGACGAUGAAAAGUCUCAGGCUCCGCUGACGGACACGGAUGGAGGAAAACUGAAGCAGAGAACGACCCAGCUAAAAAAGUUCCUGGGCAAAUCUGUGAAGAAAGCCAAGCACCUUGCUGAGGAAUAUGGGGAGAAAGCAGUCAAUAAAGUGAAAAGUGUGCGUGAUGAAGUGUUCCACACAGAUCCCGAUGAUCCUUCCUCCAGUGAUGAUGAGGGUAUGCCCUACACCAGACCGGCCAAGUUCAAGGCAGCUCACAGCUUCAAGGGUCCCUUCGACUUUGACCAGAUUAAGGUUGUGCAGGAUUUGAGCGGAGAGCACAUGGGAGCUGUUUGGACAAUGAAGUUUUCUCAUUGCGGGAGGCUUCUGGCGACUGCAGGCCAGGAUAAUAUUGUUCGCAUCUGGGUCCUGAAGACCGCCUUUGACUACUUCAAUAAUAUGAGAUUAAAGUACAACACUGAAGGUCGAGUUUCUCCUUCUCCUUCUCAGGAAAGCUUGUGUUCAUCUAAAUCUGACACAGAUCCAGGGGCAAGCUCUGUCCCAGAGGACCCAGACACCGAAGACAGAAAUGCCCCUUUCCGCCAAGUCCCCUUCUGCAAGUACAAGGGUCACACAGCCGACCUGUUGGACUUGUCCUGGUCAAAGAACUUUUUCCUGCUGUCGUCCUCCAUGGAUAAGACGGUUCGAUUGUGGCACAUAUCCAGGAGAGAGUGCCUCUGCUGCUUUCAGCACAUUGAUUUUGUCACAGCCAUCGCUUUCCACCCCAGAGAUGACAGAUACUUUUUAAGCGGUUCUCUGGACGGCAAACUGCGACUUUGGAACAUUCCAGACAAGAAGGUGGCUUUGUGGAACGAGGUGGACGGUCAAACACGACUCAUCACCGCCGCCAACUUCUGCCAAAACGGAAAAUACGCCGUCAUUGGCACCUACGACGGACGCUGCAUCUUCUACGACACAGAGCGACUGAAAUACCACACUCAAAUUCACGUGAGAUCAACUAGAGGGAGGAACAAAGUAGGCCGCAAAAUUACCGGCAUUGAGCCUCUGCCUGGAGAGAACAAGAUUUUGGUUACCUCAAAUGAUUCCCGCAUUCGCCUUUAUGACCUGAGGGACUUGUCUCUGUCCAUGAAGUACAAGGGUUACGUCAACAGCAGCAGCCAGAUUAAAGCCAGCUUCAGCCAUGACUACUCCUUCAUUGUCAGUGGCUCAGAAGAUAGAUACGUUUACAUCUGGAGCACUUACCAUGAUUUGAGCAAAUUCACAUCUGUACGACGAGACCGCAAUGACUUCUGGGAAGGAAUUAAAGCACACAACGCAGUGGUCACCUCUGCAGUAUUUGCCCCCCAUCCAGAUCUUAUUGUUCCUCAAGAAACACUCGCAGAGAAACCAGAAGCGGACCGCAAGAGCCUGGACUCCACCGACUCUGAGACGAUACCAUCAGGAGCCCUGAAAACGGAUCACACAGAGGUUCUGCUCUCUGCUGACUUCACGGGAGCAAUUAAAGUUUUUAUUAACGUCAAAAAGUACUGAGCGCUCCACAAGCAGGCCUGUUCAGCAGAGAUUAGUCCUAAAGAGAGAGACUGUACAAAGUGGGCAAGUUGGGGUUCCUUGUCUUAUUUCUUUUUUUAUCUUUCGUACCAGGUAACUGAACGGUUUGGCAUCUAGAGAUCCAGAAAAGUUGUCUGAGCUCAGACAUGUAAGUUUCUAACUGUGUGGCCAAGAAUUACUGUAGAAAACAUAAAAAUCUAUUUUCAAUAGCUAUGAGCACCUUCAUUGUUUCCUUGGUUUUCAGGUAAGACAAAUUUCAAAAGCAAAACGGUCAAAGUCUUUCAGGUGAAAUGUCAAGUUGGAUUAAAACGACAAAUUCCUUUGUUAUUAAAAUAAGUCAUUUCAGUGUGUUUGACGUUACUAAUGAUUCAAAUUGGGUGUCCUAAAUGUUUCAGAAAAUCACUGAUUACUUUUGAUAAAUGCCCUGGUCAGAAAACACAUUUCAUGAUAGCACUGUAAUCCUACAGCUUUUGUAAACAAAAUGAUGGAAUUUCCUCAAUAAAAAAAAAU